CCCCAACCCCCAUCCCCAGUUCGAGCCUCCGCCCGAAAGACCGGGCCGUCGUCUUAAGAGGAGUCGCCGUCGCCGCCACCUCCGCCAUGGAGCUGAUCACCAUCCUCGAGAAGACCGUGUCUCCUGAUCGGCUGGAGCUGGAAGCGGCGCAGAAGUUCCUGGAGCGUGCGGCCGUGGAGAACCUGCCCACUUUCCUUGUGGAACUGUCCAGAGUGCUGGCAAAUCCAGGAAACAGUCAGGUUGCCAGAGUUGCAGCUGGUCUACAAAUCAAGAACUCUUUGACAUCUAAAGAUCCAGAUAUCAAGGCACAGUAUCAGCAGAGGUGGCUUGCUAUUGAUGCUAAUGCUCGACGAGAAGUCAAGAACUAUGUUUUGCAGACGUUGGGCACAGAAACUUACCGGCCUAGUUCUGCCUCACAGUGUGUGGCUGGUAUUGCUUGUGCAGAGAUCCCAGUAAACCAGUGGCCAGAACUCAUUCCUCAGCUGGUGGCCAAUGUCACAAACCCCAACAGCACAGAGCACAUGAAGGAGUCGACAUUGGAAGCCAUCGGUUAUAUUUGCCAAGAUAUAGACCCAGAGCAGCUACAAGAUAAAUCCAAUGAGAUUCUGACUGCCAUAAUCCAGGGGAUGAGGAAAGAAGAGCCUAGUAAUAAUGUGAAGCUAGCUGCUACUAAUGCACUCCUGAACUCAUUGGAGUUCACCAAAGCAAACUUUGAUAAAGAGUCUGAAAGGCACUUUAUUAUGCAGGUGGUCUGUGAAGCCACACAGUGUCCAGAUACGAGGAUCACAAUCGAAGCAAUGAAAAGUGACAUUGAUGAGGUGGCUCUACAAGGGAUAGAAUUCUGGUCCAAUGUCUGUGAUGAGGAAAUGGAUUUGGCCAUUGAGGCUUCAGAGGCAGCAGAACAAGGACGGCCCCCUGAGCACACCAGCAAGUUUUAUGCCAAGGGAGCACUACAGUAUCUGGUUCCAAUCCUCACACAGACACUAACUAAACAGGACGAAAAUGAUGAUGACGAUGACUGGAACCCCUGCAAAGCAGCAGGGGUGUGCCUCAUGCUUCUGGCCACCUGCUGUGAAGAUGACAUUGUCCCACAUGUCCUCCCCUUCAUUAAAGAACACAUCAAGAACCCAGAUUGGCGGUACCGGGAUGCAGCAGUGAUGGCUUUUGGUUGUAUCUUGGAAGGACCAGAGCCCAGUCAGCUCAAACCACUAGUUAUACAGGCAAUGCCCACCCUAAUAGAAUUAAUGAAAGACCCCAGUGUAGUUGUUCGAGAUACAGCUGCAUGGACUGUAGGCAGAAUUUGUGAGCUGCUUCCUGAAGCUGCCAUCAAUGAUGUCUACUUGGCUCCCCUGCUACAGUGUCUGAUUGAGGGUCUCAGUGCUGAACCCAGAGUGGCUUCAAAUGUGUGCUGGGCUUUCUCUAGUCUGGCUGAAGCUGCUUAUGAAGCUGCAGACGUUGCUGAUGAUCAGGAAGAACCAGCUACUUACUGCUUAUCUUCUUCAUUUGAACUCAUAGUUCAGAAGCUCCUAGAGACUACAGACAGCUGUUAAAGAAUCAUUGACUACAGAUCUACAAACAAAAGGAUACUCCAAAUUGAAACCGACAAAAA